AUGUUGUCCUACAAGAUUCUCGUUCUCGCUCUACUAUCCUAUGGCGCCAAGAACGUAGUAGCAGCCAAGCCCCCAGCCACCCUCUUCACAGAGGAGACAUGCCUAGGCGAUUCUUUCGAGGUCGCGGCAGAUGGCAAAUGUGUUCUUCUACCCGAGAAUUUGCAAAAGGAUAUCAGCGCUGCAGAGGUUCCAGAGGAUGUGGUUUGUGACUUUUACACUGAUGAAAAGUGUAAUGAGCCACUUUGGAUUGGAAUGGAGGGUGAGGAUAAAUGCAUGAGCUUCAGUCCAUUGGAGAUUUCGAACAAGACCGUCAGCGUUCACUGCUAUGAUGCUGAUUCGAUUUACGAUUAG